UUGUUACUGCCAAAGAGCUAAUGGCUACUAUCGGAAGUUCGGAAAAGACUUCUGUACAAGUUGCCAUCCGAAUAAGACCAAUAGUAAAUGAAGCUUCAUCCGUAAAGCAAUCUCGGUUUCAACGCCCUGUGGUCACUACUUCUCCACAAUCUCCAAAUCAGGUGGUGGUAGUACAAGGAGAAAAGAAACAAUGUUUUAAUUUUGAUUAUGUUUUUGGUCCCGAAGCUGGUCAAUCUGAAGUCUAUGGAAAAGGUGUCGAGAAAUUAGUCCAUCAGUUUUUAGAGGCUUAUGGUCAGACGUCAUCCGGUAAAACCCACACAAUGGGUACCGCAAACAACCAUGACAUUCCUUCGGAAUCUAAAGGAAUAAUUCCACGUGCCAUCUCAACUCUAUUCAAAACAAUGAAUUCUUCGCAACUAAAAUCUCGAAACUUUUCAAUUAAAGUUAGUUUCAUUGAAAUUUAUAAUGAAGAUUUAAUAGAUUUGUUUGCGGAUAAUGUUGGUGAUAAUAAACCUCAAGUUACCAUAAGAGAAGAUUCUAAAGGAAAUAUAAUUUGGAAUGGUUUGCAAGAGAUUAAAGUUAAUGGCGUUGAAGACGUUAUGAGUCACUUGUCUCGAGGUUCUCAAAAUCGUCAAGUAGGAGCAACGGAUAUGAAUGCCCAAUCUUCAAGAUCUCACGCAAUCUUUAGUGUCACGAUGACCCAAUAUGUCAACUCCAAUAUCCUUCCAAAUUCUCCGAUUUCACCUACCAGCAGACCAUCAACACCUUCAAAAAUAAGGCCAGGAAGUAGUUUGAGGUUGAGUAGAAAAUUAGAUGAUAAUGAAUGUGUUUCGAUUUCAAGUAAAUUUCAUUUUGUGGAUUUGGCUGGAGAACGUGCAAAGGAAGGCAUCUCUAUAAAUUCAGGUCUUUUAGCUCUAGGCAAUGUAAUCUCCGCUCUUGGUGAUCCUACUAAAGCUAAACAUAUAACUCAUAUUCCAUAUCGUGAUUCUAAGCUUACUCGUUUAUUACAAGACUCUUUAGGUGGUAACGCACGAACUUUAAUGAUUGCUUGCGUAUCACCUACUGAAUCAAAUCUUACUGAAUCUUUAAAUACUCUUAAAUAUGCUAAUCGUGCAAGAAAUAUUAAAAAUACUGCAACCGUUAAUUCUGAAGAAGUUGGUUGGAAUGAUUUAGAUCAUUUAAGAACGUUGGUUUUAAAAUUAAGAAAAGAGAUUAAAGCAUUAAAAAGUACUAGUUUACCAAAUGGUUUAAUUGAUGGAAAUGAUUCUUAUAAUAAUUCUGGAAGAAAUACUCCUACUAUGAUGUCUGGAAGAAAUACUCCUACUAUGAUGUCGGGAAGAAAUACUCCUACUAUGAUGUCUGGAAGGAAUACUCCUAGUACACCUACAUCAACAUAUGGAGGAGGUUCGAAAAGAUCUUCAACAAGUCUUUCUAUAGUAACAAAUGCUGAUGAAUUUUCAAGAUCACAAAAUGAUAAAGAUAUUGAAAUGCUUGAAGAACAAUUAAUUGAAUUACAAAGAUCUUAUGCCGAAUUAUCUCAAAAAUAUGCAAAAACUUCUGCUGAACUUGCUAUUCAUCAAGAAAAUAUGGAUUCUACUUCUUUACGUGGUUCUCCUUCUGAUACUACCACUCAAACAAAUUCUAAAUUGGUUUCUCAAAGUGGUUUAGAAUCCAUAACUGAAGAAGCGGAAGAAGAAUUAAGAUUGGCAAACUUCCAAAAAGUUGUAGAACCUGUAAUAGAAGAAUAUGAAAAAUCUAUUUCAAAUUUGGAAUCUCAAUUAGCACUUGCAAGAGCUGCUUUAAGUCAUACUGAAACUGUUAUGCAAGAACAAGAAUCAAAACUUGCGCAUGCUGAACGAAUUAAUGAUCAAAAUAUUGCUCUUAUUAAUGAUUUAAGAUUAAAAAUUGCUAAUUUGACUGAACAUGAAAGUACUAACGAAGGUUAUAUCAGAGAUUUGGAACGUAAAUUGGAAGCUUUUGUUGAAGGAUAUAUUAGUGAUUUGGAAUCAAGAUUAAAAGUAAGUGAGGAACAAGUUGAAAAAUUCA